AUGUUGACCGCGCAGGCCCUGACUGUAUGCCUGUCACCAGAGUCUUGCGUUGCUGCACUCGGCUGCAGCAUGCUGCUGUUGGCGCUUCUCAUUGCCUCCUCCUCGUGGACGUCGCAGUUGCCGAAAGACCGGGACCGAACCCCGAUGAAGCCUUCGUCUGGUGUGGACCGGGGACGAAAAGGCUCCACCAAUCGCCGAGCGUACCCGGGAGGCGGACCCCUGUCUCCAGAGCUGGGGCCCCUGUCGUUCGACGCUCUUCGCAGUAGCGGACCGAGUUCUGGCUCGAGCUCAGAGGUCGAGCGAGUGGAUGUAGAGGCACCAAAAGCCACACAGGAAGCAGACGGAGACGGCGACGGCUGGGUGUAUCGGACCGAACGACGACUCUGGGAAUCUCCGCCGCUGUCGAAUCUACUUUCGCAACCCGAGUCCUCGUCUCCCGGCGCUUCACCGCAUGCCGACCUUUCUUCUUUCGCAGAUCUUGGCGCGUUCUUACCCGAGACAGGAAUCGAGAGAAAACGCGAAGAAGACGGGCUGGGUUGCAGGCGUCGACAGAAACCCUUUGGGUCUGCGUCAGCCCCGAGGAAAAGAUCAUUCGGUGGACGCUGGCAGUCUUCCCCUCGGCCGCUUCCUGUCUUCCCUACCACGUGGAAGGUCGAAGUUGUUGCUGCAGGCCUGACGCAUUCUCUGCUUCUUCUCGACGAUGGCCGCGUGUGCGUCUUCGGCGACAACGCAUUUGGACAGUGCGCUCAGCCGCCUUCAGUCGCACGCGUAAAGUCGGCUCUAGUGCUCACCAACUUGCCUCCAUGCACAGCGAUAUCGGCGGGUCAAAAUACCAAUAUGGCGGUCUCUCAGCCUCCUCAAAAGGUCUUCGUCUGGGGAGGCAGCCCCGUCGCUGGCCCACGCGUUUCGAGCGCCCCGUCUGCUGCGGUCUCCCACGCCGUCGCCCCUUCAUCCUCUUCAUCGGGCGCGUCCUCGGCUCCCACGUGUGCAGCCUGUGGCCGCAACGCUCAAGCGGCUCUUCCUUUCUUCUCGCCUAUGCGUCUGAAGGGAGUUGGCAGGCGAGAAGAGGAACCCGCAGUCACAAACGACGGCUGGACAAUGAAAACAACUCCUCAGGGCUGUCCCCUUUUUUCCACCGACACGCUAGCGAUCAAUGACUCAGCUGGCCUCGCGGUCGGGGCUGAUGAGAGGCUCUACAUCUUUCACUGUGGUGUCCGACCCCCGAUCGUCUCUCGAGCAGUUCCUCUCCUUUUCUCUUCCGAUGUCUCCGCACCUCUGUCUUCACCCCAUCCUGGCCCGCCUGCGUCUCCGAGUCGUGGCGCGCCUGCGCUCCCCGUCCUGCCCAGUGCGCCGAACGCCCCCGCCUCCACGCCGCCCUCCUACCUCCAUUUGCCACAACCUCGGACAGCGUCGAGCCCGCCUGGGGGAGUGCGGCAGCUCUCUCUCUCUUCUUCUCAAAUCUUUCUUCUCACUGCAGACGGUCUCCUUUAUUCUGCUCCAAUCCCUGACGCCUCGACCUUCACAUCCAGGCCGACUGGAAAGGAAGACGAGCCAUCACGUCCUCGGGGAUGUUCGUCUUUUCCUCCCGCUGAUCCAAAACAGGAGACUCUCGGAAAACGUCGAACCCCGUCUGUUUCUUCUGCGUCGUCGUCGUGGUCGUUUCCCUCAUCCUCGAGUUUGUCUCCAUUUGUCUUAUCGCCCUCGAUACCGGAGCCAGCCGAAUUGCCAUCUGGGCAAGCUCUGUGUCUCCCGCCUUCAGCGCGCCCGGGGUCGAGCUCUCAACAGACGCCGGGUUCUUCUCGUGGUCUCCCUUCUGGCUUUUCUGCCCGUCAAUCUCCGGCGUGUUCUCCCGCUGACAUGGGAUGCAUGCAGGCAUCUCACGUGGAGGGCGACGGCGACCACGCCACGAGGGCUCUAGGUUCCAGGAGGCGUGACCGACCUGACACUGCUCCGGGCCUGCCGGGAGACGGCAGCUUGACGUCUCCAGCGCCAUCGAGUGUGUGUCUCCAUUUUUCGCCCGUUCGCCAAGCAGGCAGCAUCGGAGCUUUCGCCUGCAGUGAAACCCACACGGCCGUGAUUGUGGAGAUUCACUCGCCGCAGUUUCGGCCGUAUACGCGACCGCCUCUACGCAGCUCCAGGGGCGUUCGCCAGAUAUGUGCCGCGAUACGGGCUUCCUCUCGGGAGGUCCGCCGCCGUGCAAAGCAUGACAACGUCGCGCCCGUGCCCGCUUUCUCGUCUGACGACUCGCUGCCUUCCAGUUCGCUUUCCUCGCCUCGCUACCCCGCUGUCUCGCCUCACCUCCCGCCGUCUCUUGCGUCGUGUGCGGCCCAGGCACUGCUUCGCCCCAAGCGGCCUUUCCCGGCCACUGUAGGCCACGUGCUGGAGACUGUCGUUCCGCUGGCGGUGUCCCUGGGGGACAAGAGUCUCUUUGACUACUGCUGCCUUUUUCUCCUGUUUAAUCUUCCCCUGCUGUUCCUCGCGUUCCAUCAUGCGAAGAUGCCCUCCCCUGUCUCCGGCUGCACGGCAGGCCCGCUGCGCAGCCUAGACAUCCCCUCUCUCUUUCAGACGCUCGGAUCUGCCAAGCGCCCUCGCCCGUUUGGCUCGGAGUCGUCUUCGUCAGCUGCGUCGUCCGCGUCCUGCGGGAACGGAGACGCCUUUGUCCUUGCGGUUGCCGGCAUGCAGUACCUCCUUAGAUCGUACAAGGCAGCCGUCACCACAGCCUAUCUGCGUUCGGGCACAAAUCGGAAUCUCCCUUUAAACCAACAAACCUGCCUCGACACUCUUAAUACUCUGUGGGCACACGACCACGACGUGCCGGGCCGUUACACGCAAACCAGGAGAGGCAACCAAGGGUCCCCGUCGGUCUUCUCUUCCCUCGACGAAUGGUCACCUCGCGGAACCGCCCGGGAGGCUGGCCUGGACUCCGACGACGACUGGGCCGAGCCCCGCCAUUUUCAUCCGUCCGGGACACGUCGGGCCGCCCUCCGCUCCGGGCCACACGAGGAGACGACGACCUCGCGCAUCUUUUCAGGGAUGCGGGUGCUGCCGCAGCCCCAGAGACAGCGGGGCCAGUUAGACGAACAGCUGCCGAAUUCCCUUGGAGGGUUGCCGUGGCCGAACGACAUCCCUGCCCUUCUUUGCUGCUGCGUCUUCUGUGGUACACGGUUCUUCCGCAGAUGCGGCGGCGCUAGCUUGCGCGUCGCCGGCAUGCGGGGACGUCUCGGAUUCCGGAUUCGCUUCCGGACGUGGCUCUGGUGCGUCUUCCUCGUCCUUAAUCGCAAGUCCUUCCCCAUGUGCACCGCAGCCGUUUGCCGUGCCGGAUAUCCCGAACUUCCUUACGAGAACAUCCUUUUCCGCCUUCCGCGGCGCGCAAGUGACCUCCUAACGUCGUCAGGGAGCGCGCUGCCGGAGCGGCGACUUCUCAUCGAUCAGUGGUCGGGUGCGUUCUGGACAAACGACGAGGAAGACCAAGACAAAGCGCUAGGGGAGAGAAAUUCGAAAGGCGAAAGAGGCCGGCGACAAGACGAAGGUCGAAGGCCACAGCCACAUUACAUGCCGCCAGCGGAACACCGGAGGAGAGAGGCCACAGCGGAAGGCAAUGGAACUGGCGACAGGAAGCCGACAAACGCAACGGAGGAGACGAGAGAAGAGAGUCCCUGCGAGAAGUGGGGAGCUCACGCAGAAGCCACACAAGCAGAUGCAGGCGCCGAAACCGAAGUAGAGAGCUACCGCGAGACUGCGACGAAGGCGCAAGCGUGUGUGGAGGCAACGGAGACAAGGACGCAGGGUCCGAACGAUAGAGACGCGGAUCCAGGCAGAGUCGACCGGCGUACGAAGAACGGAAGUCGUAGCGCGCUGCUCAAAGAAGCGGUAGAACAGGCUACAGGAGAGAAGGUGAGCCAGUUACUCGACGAUGCCGCGACGUCACACUUGCAGUCGACAGGGAUGCAGGGGAGAUGGACCAGACCUUUAGUUCCUGGGAAAGGAAGCGCCAGCAAGACGCAGCCAGCAGAGGAAGCAGUGAGGCCGGCAGGUUCUGUACAUCACGUUCUCCCCGACUGGAGACAGGAACGCCGAAAAGGCCCACAUCACGACAUCCGCUGCGAGAACGGGUGCCAAAGCAUGCAGAUGUCAUCGCCGUCUUUUGCUGUCUCCUCUCCCGUGUCACCUCCGUCUUCCUUGUCGUUGUCUUCUGCUUCGCGACCCGUCGCUCGUCCUACGACCUCUUCUGCCUCUCCGGCGUUUGCCGCCUCGUCCGCGGGUUCGAGUGCGCCUUGUGGCUCGGCGUCCACACCGCAACUGCUUACAGAAUCGGAUUUUCCUUCUCUUUCUCCAUUUGUUUCCACUGGUCGGCCUCCAGCCCCAAGAGGCCCUGGCCUCGCCGAUGCUGAAGCUGGCCCCGUGUGCUCGAAACUCUUCCCGCCGGGAGUCGCCCCGGUUUCCCCAUCGCUGUCGGCCAGUCCGUGCGGCGGCCACAAGACGGAAGCUGCAAAUGCCAUUAGCCGGUUGGGGAAUCAAUGUCGACGGGAGGUUGAUAGAAACACCAAAGACGAGAGACCGGCUCUUCUCAACGACGGCUCUUCGGCGGAGUGUAUGGUUGGCGCACCGUGCGCACGCGAUGGAAGCAGAGGCAACAGAACUGCUUUUUGGCCCGCGCCUGACGAGGUAGGCCUCUCUGGAGUCGGGCAGCCGGGAGAUGUCACGGCUUGGCAGCGCGUGGAGACGAAGAGAGGGAAGAAACAGAACAGCACGUGCGGGCGGGAGGCUGCAGACACUGUGCAGCGUGGCGGGGAGAUCCGAAACACCAUCCCGGCUCUCCAGCAACCGUCUAGCCAUCACUCAGGAAACGCGCAUCAGUCCUCGUCCUGCUCGGUGCCCCCAGUAGGAAGAGGCUUCGGCGUCGCACACGAUGCGCGGGCACGCGACGGCCAUGAGAGCAGUGCGGGAAUGCCACCGCGUGUGAAAUCGGUCGCCGCCUCGAUCGCAGAACACCGACAGCGAUUCAACACUGAUGGCCCCCCUUCUCUCAGACAACGGAGUGGUGAGGUAGAGACGGGAGCCCGGGGUGGAGAGCAGUAUCCGCCUGGGCGGGGGUUUGCCUUGAGGGACUUCUUGGUUGUUCCGUCGGCAGGCCAGAGGAAGAAAAGAAAGAAUGGCAAAGAGACCAGGCCAUCUGAGGAACAAACCACGCAAGAUGAACGGGCCUAUAAUGUCGCGACGCACCGUCUGGGUGCCUGGAGCAGAGGCAGCGCUGUUGCAGAGCCGCUGGUCGCCGAGUCCGCGUGCGUUCAAACGGAUGCUUCGCCCGUUGCUGAUCUGGCUGCCAUUAUGCGGGAAGAAGAACUUCUGCGGCAGGAACGGGUGUUGAGGUUCCAGCUUCGUCAGUCUCAAGAACUCGCUCAGCACCCCUCGUCAGUUGUACGCCUCUCGGGACCUCCCUCUGUGGUUGUCGUUUCUCGGCCGGUUGCGACCGCUGCUGCGCAAGCCUCCGGCAGCGACCCAGGGACAGGUGCGGCGAGAAGCCGAGCCCGAGAUGGCCCUGUGGGGCCCGGGGCUCCCCGUCCCUCGAGAGCCGACGCAGCGUCGUUCAACCGCUGGGGACGAGAAGCAGCGUUACGACUCCAGGGAGAAAAAGGAUUUGGGGCGUCAGAUCUCACGGUUAUCCAGCGCGAGCAAUUUGCAGAGCAAGAGGAAGACUUAGCGAAGCGUCGAGAGGAAGAAGAGUUGCAAGUAGCUCUGCGGCUCGUGCGGGAAAUGGAGGAGAGGGAGCGGCAACAGGAGGCAAACUUUCAGCGGGAAAUUCGUCGCGCUGCAGAACUCGAAAGACGACGAAUCGACGCGCGGCAAGGGAGGAUGCGGCGCCAGCCCGCGGCACCGACCAAACACCAUUUCCGUCUCGGCUGCGCGGUCAAGGAAAUCAUCGCCGAGGCCAAAGAUCCAAUCCCGGCAAAACGGCAAGUGCUGGGGAAGAACACCUGGUACAUGCAAGUGCCUCCCGAACAUCAGCAAUGGGAUCAAUGGUGUGUACAGCAAAUGCCCGUAGACAGCGCUCAUGAAUGUCCCCUCGCAGUAACAUUGAGAGGCUGCAUGUACUAUUUCCAACAUACCUGA